AUGCAGCCGAAAGCCAGCAAAUACCCAGGCGUCGCCCUCCUCGCCCGCUUACUGGGCGGAGGAGCCGCCUUCUAUCUUAUCGUCACCGCUGCGGUGCGCUUCACUGCGAAAGCCCGCCCUGAUACCCCCCUUUGGGCCCUCUAUGCUGCUGCUGCCGCAAGCUUGCCCGUUGGCUUCGCCAUCCGUCUGAACAUACGGGGCUUCAUGCUCCGCCGUGCCGCUGCACGGAUGGGUGCACGGCCUGUUCCUAUCGUUCCCGGCGAGCGCAUCGGUAACAUCGACUUGCUGUUCCGCCUGCUGGGCGACUUCAAGACGGGGUACCCUGGUGAUGGCAUGACUGAGGCCAUCGACGCCAUGGGAAAUACGUUCAACUUCCGUGUUAUGUACGACGACCUGCUAUUUACCACUGAGCCGCACCAUAUCAAAACCAUCCUCGCAACCGAGUUCGACAACUUUGUCAAGGGAGAUAAGUUCCAUGCAAACAUGCUUAGCGUCCUCGGUACCGGUGUCUUCAACUCAGAUGGUGACAUGUGGAAGUUCCAUCGUUCUAUGACCCGCCCCUUCUUCACCCAUAACCGUAUCAGCCAUUUCGACAUCUUCGACAGGCACGCCGAGCACGCCAUGAGCCAGAUGAAGCUCCGCCUUCGUGCAGGGUACGCUGUCGACUUCCAGGACUGGAUCUCCCGAUUCACCCUCGACUCCGCAACCGAAUUCCUCUUUGGCAAUAGCGUCGACUCUCUCUCCGCCGGUCUUCCCUAUCCAUACAGCGUCAUCCCUCCUGAAGCGCCCUCAGGGCGCGGCCGCACCGCCGAGGACUUUGCGCGCGCGUUUUCCGAGGCUCAGUUCGUGAUCGCACAGCGCCCGCGUAAAGGCUGGGUCUGGCCACUUUUUGAGGUGUUCGGGGACAAGAGCGAACCGGCGAUGCGUGUCGUGAACGCGUACAUUGAACCUAUUCUCCAGGAAGCGAUUGAGCGCCAGAAGGCUCUUUCUGCUGUGGAGAAGAAGGCAGAUACGGAGGUUGCAGAUGACGAUACGGUGCUGGAUCACUUGGUUAGGCAGACAACAGAUCUAGUCGUGCUCAAGGAUGAGAUUCUGAAUAUUAUGAUCGCUGGGAGAGAUACGACCGCUGCUACGAUGACAUUCGUCAUGUACUUCCUUGCUAUGCACCCGGAUGUCCUUUCUCGUCUGCGUGAAGAGGUCCUGACCAAGAUCGGCCCGAGCAACCGGCCCACCUACGAUGGCAUUCGCGACAUGAAAUAUCUCCGCGCUGUUAUUAACGAAACUUUGAGGUUGUACCCUGCCGUUCCCUUCAAUGUUCGGGAAAGUAAGAAGGCGACAGUAUUUGCCGCCUCGAGCGCCACCGAAAAGCCGUUCUAUAUCCCGCCUAAGACUAUGGUAUCGUACUCCGUCUUCCUCAUGCACCGCCGCAAGGAUCUCUGGGGCCCCGAUGCAGACAAGUUCGAUCCCGAUCGGUUCCUCGACGAGCGCCUGCACAAGUAUCUCACCCCUAACCCCUUCAUCUUCCUUCCCUUUAAUGCCGGCCCCCGCAUCUGCCUUGGGCAGCAGUUCGCGUACAACGAGAUGUCGUUCAUGCUCAUCCGCCUGCUUCAGAACUUCUCUAAAGUCGAUCUGGCGCCUGAGGCACAGAAUCCCGAAACGCGGCCACCAGCGCGGUGGCGUGAGCCGGACGAAGCCAAGUGGGAUUCCAGGAAGGCUAUCGAGGAGUUCUAUCCGAAGAUGCAUCUAACGAUGUAUGCGCAUGGAGGUCUCUGGGUUAAGCUGAUGGAGGCCGAUCUAGUGGAGGCCCCGCUUGCUGCUUAA